CUAACAUGCAAUCGAGGCCUAACAGGCACUCUUUUUUAUUGUUAGUAGAUGGAUGUAUGCCGACUGGCAUGUUUGAACGCAGAGCGGAGCGGUGUCCGAGAGGUAUAUCUGUCUCGCCCUCGUCCCAUUCACGCGCUUGUGUAUUGCGUGAGAGCGCAGGUAAGGAAAUUGGAUCAUGUCCCAUGGGGUUGCACAAUAAAACCGUGGAGAUGCGCUGGUCUAUUUCUCAUGCGCGUUCAGUUGUGUACGGGGAGAGCGACGCAGAGCAUGGUGGUGUUGGCUCCUGUACAGCGAUUGUCGCCAGGGCUUGCAGCAGCUGAAGGGUCGACUCUCCAUUCGACAUGUCUCGGUCAUUUGUCUCAACGGACGUGAAGAUAUCUCUACAGCUGACCAAUUGUUAAGUCACAGCGACGACAUGGUUCAGGUGAGUGCUUUAUCCUCUCUCCCUGCUCUCAUUCCAUUCCCCAAACGCAUCACAUUUACACGAUGAAUAAGCAAUACGACGUUAUUAUCUUAGGCACUGGCUUGACAGAGUGCAUCCUAUUUGGCCUGCUGUCUGUCGAGGGCAAGAAAGUCCUCCUCCUGGACCGUCAUGAUUACUACGGAGGCGAAAGCGCCAGUCUCAACCUGACACAACUUUUCAGAAAGUUCCGCCACGGCGAGGAGCCCCCUUCUGAGCUAGGACGCGACCGCGACUAUAACGUGGACUUGGUUCCAAAGUUUAUGAUGGCCAAUGGGGAGCUGGUCAAGAUGCUGAUCCACACAGAUGUCACUCAGUAUCUCAGGUUCAAGCAGAUCGCGGGCUCAUUUGUCUACCGAGACUAUAAGAUCGCAAAGGUCCCUACCACAGAGGCAGAGGCAGUUCGCUGUCCGCUGAUGGGUAUUUUUGAGAAGCGCAGGCUGAUGAAUUUCUUUGAGUACUUGAAAAACUACAAGAUGGAUGAGCCUUCGACACACCAGGGCAUGGAUAUCAGGUCAACGCCUAUGGAGGCUGUCUACAAGUAUUUCAGGCUGCAGCAAGGUACCAUCGACUUUAUCGGCCAUGCUCUUGCGUUUUAUGCGGAUGACAGUCCUUUCCGAUGCCUCCGCUCGAUUUGUAGCUAUCUCACCCGCCCCGCGCAGGAGACGCUUGACCGGAUCGCAUUAUACAUGUCUUCGAGGGCUCGCUGGGGCAAGUCACCAUACAUCUAUCCUCUCCACGGUCUGGGUGAACUCCCUCAGGGAUUUGCUCGGUUAGGAGUUCUCCAUGGCGGUACAUACAUGCUGACCAAGCCAGUGGACGAGAUUAUAUACGAGAAUGGCAAGGUGGUGGGCGUUCGGUCUGGCAAUGAAGUUGCCAGGUGCUCCCAGCUUAUCUGCGACCCCACCUACGCGCCAGACAAAGUCCGCAAGGUUGCCCGUGUGGUUCGCGCCAUCUGCCUGCUCAGUGAACCCAUACCCAAUACCGACGACGCAGAUUCAUUCCAGCUGAUCAUCCCUCAGAACCAAGUCAAGCGCAAACAUGAUAUUUACAUUGCUGGCGUUUCCCACUCACACGGCGUUUGCGACAGAAGCUAUUAUGUCGCUAGUGUUUCGACGAUCGUUGAGACAGAUAACCCGCAAGAGGAGAUAAAGCCUGGUCUUGCGCUUCUUGAUCCUAUUGUUGAACAAUUCGUUCUGAUCACAGAUAUUUUCGAACCUAUUGACGAUGGCAUAAAGGACCAAGUCUUUGUCUCUAAGUCGUAUGACGCAACCUCGGACUUUGAGUCAAUAAGUGCCGAUGUCAAGGAUCUCUACAAGCGCAUCACCGGCAAAGAUCUGGCUCUGUAGCCGCAUUCAUUCUCACGAUAGAUUGCUCAAUGGAAGAGCAAUUUAAAUUAUCAGAGUAGAGACAUCUCAAAUAAUAAAGACCCUCAGCAGGAUCUACUCCU